CUCACACAUAGAUACACGCACACACACAUACAUAUACACUGGAGUGCAUGCGGAUACAUUGCAUACAUAGCUUGUGUGCAUCCUGAAUAAUAUAAUGGAUUUAAACAUGAAAAAUCUGCGGUUCCUCAUCUUUUUGUGUUUUAGUAUCGAUAUCUCUCAAGGUUUUAAUGUGGGCACUUCUGGAGCCAGGAGCUUCUCAGGGUUAGCGGCAGAACAGUUUGGUUACACAGUGCAACAGUUUAGCAACAGUCAAGGAAAAUGGCUCCUGGUGGGUUCUCCUUGGAAGGGAUACACUCAGAACCGAAAGGGAGACAUCUAUAAGUGUGACCUCAGCAACCCAGGCACCAGCUGUCAGACUCUUAAUCUUCAAAAUUCUGUCAACAUGCCAGCCAUCUCCAAUGGCAACAACAUCAACAUGAGUCUAGGACUGACUCUCACUCGAACAACCAAAAAUGGCGGGUUUUUGACUUGUGGUCCUCUGUGGGCGCAGCUCUGUGGUAGUCUGUACUUCUAUCCUGGAGUCUGCGCAGAUGUGAGCCCUCAGUUUUCGCUUCUGUCAGCUUUCGCACCGGCCGUCCAAACAUGUGGCAGUCUUAUGGAUAUUGCCAUUGUUUUGGACGGAUCUAACAGCAUAUACCCGUGGGAACCAAUUGUAGAUUUUCUCAAGAAACUGUUGGAAAGUUUAGAUAUUGGACCUGAAAGCACUCAGGUCAGUGUCAUGCAGUAUGCUGUUGAUGCUUCGUUCGAGUUCAAACUGAAUUCCUAUAACACAAAAGAGUCCAUGAUUAAAGCUGCUUCAAAUAUUAAGCAGAUGGAGGGAUUAGAGACAAACACAUUCAAAGCCAUUGAAUUUGCCAGAAAUAAUGCAUUCCUAACCAAAAACGGAGGUCGUCCCGGGGCCUCUAAAGUGAUGGUGGUGGUCACUGAUGGAGAGUCACAUGAUGCAAGACUCAGGAAUGCUGUGAUUCAGGCGUGUGACAAGCAAAAUAUCACACGCUUUGGCAUUGCGGUGCUUGGAUAUUAUAUAAGAAAUGAGAUUGACACAAGUAAACUUAUUGCCGAGAUUAAGUCCAUAGCCAGUUCUCCGGCUGAGAAAUACUUCUUCAAUGUGUCUGAGGAGGCGGCUCUUAUAGAGAUCGUUGGAACUCUCGGAGAUCGAAUCUUCAACAUUGAAGGUGUGGGAAAAGCAGUCAGCGAUUUUAACAUGGAGAUGUCCCAAGUGGGUUUCAGUGCACACCAGACCAAAAAUAAGGAUGUGAUCAUGCUGGGUGCAGCCGGAGCAUACAACUGGAUUGGGACCAUCGUUCACCAGACUGCAGGGAGAUCAGACAUUUUACCCAAAAAUGUGUUUGAGAAGGUUCUGGAGGACAAUAACCAUGGUUCAUUACUUGGAUACUCUGUCAGCACUUUAACUGACGGCUCUUCAGAGUUUUAUGUGGCUGGUGCUCCUCGUGCCGUUCAUAGAGGACAAGUUAUAGUUUACACCAUGAAUAGCCAAAGACAACCCGUCAUUGUGGAUUCACAGAGAGGAGAUCAGAUCGGGUCUUAUUUCGGCAGCGUCCUCUGUCCUGUUGAUGUGGAUGCUGACGGUGUGACUGAUGUGCUGCUGGUUGGAGCUCCAAUGUACAUGAAUGACGAGAAGUUUGAAACAGGGAGAGUUUACCUCUUUUCCAUUACUAAGGGUGUCUUGAGUAACCAGGGUUUCUUGGAGAGCUCCCAAAUGAACGCUCGGUUUGGAAUGGCCAUCACUGCUGUACGUGAUCUUAACCUGGACGGCUUUAGUGAUGUGGUGGUCGGAGCUCCACAGGAGGACAAUAGCCACGGUGCCAUUUACAUCUACUUCGGAGAUCGAAAAACCAUCAGAAAGCAGAGCUCACAGAAAAUUCUUGGUUCACGCUUGGACCAAUUUAGAUACUUUGGACGUUCUCUAGAUGGCAGCAUGGAUAUGAACGGUGAUUCGGUCCCAGAUGUCGCUGUAGGGGGUUUUGGAAAGGUGGUCCAACUCUGGACCAGAGGGAUUGCAGUGGUCACGGCAAAGGUUUCCUUCAACCCUGAUAAGAUCAGCAUUUUGAGUAAAUCCUGUCGAUAUGGUGGCAGGCCGGUGUCCUGCUUUAAGGCUAAAGUCUGUUUCAGCGCAUCGUUCAGGCCGACUAAAUCAAAGGCCGUGGCAGAUAUCAAGUACAACCUGACCCUGGAUGCGGAUCUGCAGUCGUCCCGAGUGAGCUCGCGAGGUCAUUUCAGUAAUCUGGAUCGAGUCGUGCAGAAGGACAUCAGCGUCACUUCGCAGGACAUGUGUGACGAAUAUGAAGUCUAUGUGCAGGAGACUCCUGACCUGGUCAAUUCUAUCGCUCUGCGUGUGGAUGUCACUCUCGGCCAUCCAGAUGCCGACCCUGUUUUAGACAUCUUUAGUCCGUCUGCAUGGGAGUCUUUUAUCCCGUUCUCAAAGGAUUGUGGUUCAGAUGAGGUCUGCUACUGUGAUUUGGUCCUAAGUGUAGAGAGCGAAGAAAAACUAGGCAAAAAUCCACUGGUGGUCAGCCAGAACAAGAGAAGAUUGUCAUUCACAGUGACAGUAAUGAAUAGAAAGGAAAACGCAUACAAUGCAAGAGUAUCUGCCAGUUACUCCAAUAAUCUCUUCUAUGCUUCUGUUACACCAAUGAAUGAUGGAUCAGAGAUAAAGUGCACAUUGAUAAAAGAAUCAGAUACACUUGUGUGCCUAGUGAGUUAUCCAGCCCUAAAAACAGAUCAAUCGGCUUCAUUUGUGAUCAACUUUGACUUUAAUUUGAACCAGCUACAAAAAGAUGCCAAAGUUGUGUUUGAGGCCAUAAGUGAUAGCACAGAGGAAUCUCCAGCUGAUAACAAGAUCUCUGUUUCUAUACCUGUCCAAUAUAACUCGGAGAUCAUCCUAAGCAGAGAGGCAAACAUAAAUGUUUAUUUACUCGAGAGAGAUGAUGAAAUCGCAACCACAGUGAAGAAAUUCAAGGACAUUGGCCCAGAUUUUAAUUUUAAUUUGAAGAUCUCAACAGGAACUGUUCCAGUCAGCCUCAUUUACCUCACCGUCUCACUGCCCAACAGCACCAAAACUGGAAAUCCUCUGCUGUACGUGACCUCGGUUAAAACGUCACCUCCUGAAAAGAUACACUGUGCAGACAGCCAUCUGAUUGAUCCAUUUAAGAUCAGCGAAAAACCUUAUAGCGCCGGAAUAACCGAGGAGAGCUUCAGAGGAACAAAGGAUCUGAACUGUAAAACUGCAUCAUGUCAGUCAAUGAAAUGCAUCCUGAAGGACCUGGAAGAGAAGAAGGAUUAUUAUGUCAAUGUGACUACCAAAAUAUGGACGGCUACUUUUGCAAAGGCUGAUUUCCUGUCCGUCUUACUUUCUGUGGGAGCUGACAUAGAGACAUCUCAAUCUGAUUUACUCUUCAUUGAACAGAAGCAUUUGGAGGUUGGACUCACAGUGAGCAAACCUGGAGCUAAAGGAGAUGUUCCAGUUGGAGUUAUCGCAGGCAGUGUUAUCGGUGGUCUGUUGUUAUUGGCUCUUGCAGUUGCAUUGCUAUGGAAGCUUGGCUUCUUCAAGAGAAAAUAUCAACCACUGAUGAAGAACGCAGAGAAUGGAGCCGAGGCUCAGGAACUGGAGGAGAACCCCGAGUAAAGACUCUGAAUUCACUUCAAUUCUUCAUUCUGAACUUCUACAUGUAGGUCACUGUUACAGUUGCUAGACCUAAAUAUUAGUUCACACCAGUUACCAUUCACAUUAUUGGCAUUCCAUUCAUACAGUAUCUGUGACCCUGUCUUUAAAAUCCAAGCUGAAAUAUUAUAAGCUGAUUAAGAGCAUCAAAGUUUGAUUUCACUCAGUCGAUAUGAAAGAUAUCAAGGUUAUAUUUUUACAGAUUGUUCUUUAUAUUACGUAGCGUAGGAUGAUUUUAUGUAGAAAACAGUAAAUCACUUUAGCUUGGUUCUCACUGACUGGGUCACCUUUAUUGCUAUAUGCUUGACUUGAAAAGUGUAUCUUUACACUGCAUCUACUGUAUUCGGUGUAGCCUUACCACCUCAGGUUUAGGUCACAUUCAGCUUUAAGAAAUUGUCAAUAAUAUACAGAGGAAAUGAGAUCAUUGGUGUCAUAUGCUGGCAUAUGUGGAAUUAAUUGCCCAAGCAAGUAUAGUAUGUUUAGGUAACACUUUACUUGAAGGGGUGUUUAAGACUGACACGACACAGGGAGAUUUUAUGCAGAUUUAUGACAACUGUCAUUUAGUGUCAUUUGACCAACUAUGUCAUUUUUAAUGCAAAGAUGACAUUGUUUGAAAGUCUUUGUUAUGACAACUUGACAUAAACCAAUACAUCAUAACUUGUCAUAAACAUGACAUAGCAGAAUAAUUAUUAAACUUUAGAAACUACCUAGCUGUAUGGGUUUUACUAUGUCAAAUAAUUUUUAAAUACCUUAACACAAUGCAA